UCCAGAGUAGAUCGAUCUGUAUAGCAUCACGUACUGUGCAGGUACUGAUCUUCUAUCUGUUCAAAUCGUCACAAGAUAUCUGUAUCAGGAACAAUGGCCAUUCUCCUCUUCUUAUUUUUCACAUCCAUUUUAUCCAUUUCCUACUCUUCGCCAUUGCCGGUCAAUGCCUCCGGUAACAUAUCAGCGCGCCGACAACCCGGCUGCGGCACCGGCAACCCGGUCGACGACUGCUGGCGGUGCGACCCUUGCUGGGCCGACAACCGGCAGCGGCUCGCCGACUGCGCAAUCGGGUUCGGCCGCAACGCCAUCGGCGGCAAGGGCGGCAGGACAUACGUCGUGACGGACCCCGGCGACGAGGACCCGGCCAACCCCGCCCCCGGCACGCUCCGCUACGGCCUCGUCCAGGAUGAGCCCCUCUGGAUCAUCUUCGCCUGCAACAUGACGAUCCGCCCCAAGCGGGAGCUCGUCGUGAGCUCGGACAAGACGGUGGACGGCCGCGGCGCCAGCGUCGUCGUCGGCGAGGGCGGCGCGUGCUUCACGGUGCGCAACCGGAGCAACGUGAUCAUCCACGGCAUCACCAUACGCGGCUGCAGGCCAGCGCCCAAGUCGGCGAAGAAGAAGAGCCAGCUGUCGGACGGCGACGGCGUCAGCCUCUUCGGCGCGAGGGACGUAUGGGUUGACCACUGCACGCUGGAGGACUGCGCCGACGGGCUCGUCGACGUGAUCGCGGCGUCGACCGGCGUGACCGUCUCCAACUGCCUCCUGACCAACCACAACAAGGCCAUGCUCCUCGGCCACAACGACGCCUACGAGGACGACAGGGCCAUGCGGGUCACCGUCGCCUUCAAUCGCUUCGGGCCGGGCCUCGUGCAGAGGAUGCCGAGGUGCCGGUUUGGGGUGUUCCAUGUCGUCAACAACGAUUACGUAAACUGGGGGAAAUACGCCAUCGGUGGCAGUGCAUCGCCGACCAUACUUAGCCAAGGCAACAGGUUCUGUGCCGGCAAGAAGAAAGAGGUGACGAAGCGCGACGGCGACCCGCCGAAGAGCGAGUGGCAGAAGUGGAACUGGGUAUCCGACGGCGACCUGAUGUUCAACGGCGCGUUCUUCACGGCGUCCGGCAGAUCCGGGCCUGAGAUUAAAGCCCCCAGUUUUGCCAAGCCCGCCUCUUUCGUGGCGCCGAUGACGGCCUCCGCAGGCGCUCUCUCGUGCAGCAAGGGUUCUCUGUGCUGAAGAGCAAACGUCGGCUCGCUCAAGACUACUAGAUAUAUAGCCACGUAGAAUAAACGGCCACCACGUCGGAUUCUUUUAUUUUUCCAUUGCACCAGUAGAGCCUAUAUAGUCUUUUGAAAAGUAGGUUAUACUUGAUUUGUUAUUAAUUCCUCCUCUG